AUUCUGCCCACACGUGAACGGGUGAAAACUGACUUCACGUUUCUAGCUCAAUUGACUUCUUAGUUCCACCCUUAAUUCCUUAUGCUGUAGUACUACUGAGAGAGCUGGGGCGGAGAUAAUGAACCUCGGGACAUCACCAUUGGUAUGCCCAGCUAAUCGAGGGUGCGUGCUCAACAGCCGAAUUCCUGGAAGGGUCAGAGCUACCCUUACAUCUGUACAAGAAAUCGAUCUGAAGGCCUUGGAGACUGCUAUUCAGUCAAAAAACACUGAUGCUGUAAGGAGUGCACUAGAUCAGUUGAAUGAGGUUGGAUGGGCAAAGAAAUGGAGAUCACAGCCAUAUGUGUCACGUCGACCAACAUCCUUGCGUGAGCUAACAGCACUCGGUAUAAGGAAUGCAGAAAAACUUGCAAUACCAAGUGUUAGAAAUGAUGCAGCUUUUCUUUUCACCGUGGUCGGAACAACAAGUUUCGUGGCGGUGCUUGCUGGUCAGCUUCCUGGAGAUUGGGGAUUUUUUGUGCCUUAUUUGAUUGGUAGCAUUUCAUUGAUUGUUCUGGCAGUGGGAAGUAUCUCUCCUGGCCUUCUUCAAGCUGGUAUAAGUGGAUUUUCAUCAAUUUUCCCUGAUUACCAAGAGAGGGUCACUGGCCAUGAAGCUGCUCAUUUUCUAGUUGCGUACUUGCUUGGUCACCCAGUACUUGGCUACUCUUUGGACAUUGGUAAAGAACAUGUGAACCUGAUAGAUGAAAGGCUUCAGAAAUUAAUUUACAGUGGUCAGCUUGAUGAAAAGGAACUAGACAGGUUAGCCGUCAUAUCAAUGGCAGGACUGGCAGCAGAAGGAUUAAAAUAUGAAAAAGUUGUAGGUCAAUCGGCUGAUCUUUUCUCUCUUCAGCGAUUCAUAAAUCGGAGCAAACCACAGUUAAGCAAAGAGCAGCAGCAAAAUCUGACUAGAUGGGCUGUUUCUGGAUGUGAACUAUUGGACAACAGAGGAGGAAUGAUGGAAGAUGGCUUUCAAAGAGGUGCAAGAGAUCAUGGGAGAGACACAGGAAAUGUGAUGGAUGAAGGGAUGGAGGAGGCCACAUUGGUUCUCUAGUCAUGGCAUCAUAGGCUCAUUUAUUCUUGAUACUGACUUGAGGAGGGCACAUUGGUUAAGGGUUGUGUCUUCCUGCACUUUUGAUUCUUAUGUCAUGCCAUUAUUUGAGAGAUCUAGCAAGGUUUCUAUCAGGUCGACUCCUUGCCAACAUGAACAACUAUAGGGAUAUUUUGUAGGAAGGUCUGCUGCAUGUUGGGCACCCAACAAAGGUCUGCUGCAUGUUGGGCACCCAACACAUGACCGUCUGUUCUGUUGGCAUCCUGUAAAACUUGAUUGCUGAGUGAAUUACAAAUGCAGCCUUAGAAUAUUA